AUGUGGCUUUUUGGGUCCGAGCUGAGAGCUGAGCGCAAGGCUUUGAAAAGACGCAAAGUCGAGGUGGAGAGGGCAUUGUCCCUGCUUCCCUUCAACAUCGAAACGGUUGGCCAGCGACGUCGAGAGAAGGAGCUUCUGCACUCCUUGGCUCAGGUGGACAAGCUGAUGCUCAUGUUUGGGCACAGCACGGUCUACAUGCCGCAAGGCACCGCCUUCCAGGGAACUAAUGUCAAGUAA